AUGCCCGGCGAGCUCCUCCGCGCAGCGGUCCCCUUCGCAUUCCCCAAACCAAAGCGCAUAUUCGCCGCGACAAUGUCUUCCGACCUGUACCUCAUCUCCGAGACCGACGUGAUAUACGAGCAAGACAUCAUCCGCAAUCCCGGCAGCAUAAAACCCUGGCUCGACUACUUCAACUUCAAGCGGCAGCAUGGCUCUCUCCUCGAGCAGGCCUUCGUGCUCGAGCGGGCCUGCACGACGCUACCCCGAUCGUAUAAGCUGUGGAAGCUGUAUCUCGAGCUACGCACCAAGCACCUGCGGAAGAAGAAUCCCGCGAAGUUCGCGGCGCAGUUUAGCAAGGUCAACGCGCUGUUUGAGCGCGCGCUUGUGCUCCUGAAUAAGAUGCCGCGUAUAUGGGAGAUGUACCUUCAGUUUCUCCUCCGCCAGCCACUCGUUACGCAAACACGACGUUCCUUCGAUCGCGCCCUCCGCGCGCUUCCUAUCACGCAACACAACCGCAUAUGGGCGCUCUUCCGGCCCUUUGCGACUUCUGCAGGCGGCGAUACCGCGGUGAGGAUAUGGCGCCGGUAUAUGCAGCUACAUCCUGAGCAUGCCGAGGAGUUCAUCAACCUGCUGGUGGAGAACGGACGCUAUACGGAGGCGGUUCAGAAGUAUAUCGACAUUCUCAACGAUCCGCGGUUUAAGAGCCGGGAAGCAAAGGGUCCGUUUCAGUUUUGGACUGAGAUGCUGGAGCUGCUCAUCGACCAUGCAAAAGAGGUUGAGACGGGAGACGAUGUUGGGAUUGACGUGGAGAAGAUUGUGCGGAGCGGCAUACUGAGGUUUGCGGAUCAGAGAGGGAUUUUGUGGGUGGGAUUGGCCCGGUAUUGGAUCAACAAGGGCGACUACGAAAGAGCGAGGGAUGUAUUCGAAGAGGGCAUCACGACGGUAAUGACCGUGAGAGACUUCUCCAUCGUGUUCGACACGUAUUCGGAUGCCGAGGAAGCGCUUAUCGGCAUCAAGAUGGACGAAGCAGCAAAGAGGUCAGAAAAGGGCAAAGUAGACCCGGACGCGGAUCUCGACCUCGACAUCCGUCUUAUGCGCUUCGAACAACUGAUGGACCGCCGGCCGUUCCUCGUGAACGACGUGCUCCUCCGCCAAAACCCCAACAACGUCAACGAAUGGGAAAAGCGAGUCGCAUUGUGGGGCGACAACAAGAGAGAAGUUGUCCAGACCUACACCGACGCUAUUGCAGCCGUCAAGCCUAAGCUAGCGGUCGGCAAGUUUCACGAGCUUUGGGCCAAUUACGCCAAGUUCUACGAGGAAGGCGGAGACCUAAGGAGUGCACGAAUCAUCAUGGGAAAGGCAGUCAAAGUCCCCUUCAAGUCCGUCGCCGAGCUCGCAGAGAUGUGGUGUGAGUGGGCAGAGAUGGAGCUGCGCGCCGAGAACUUCGACCGCGCCGUCGACAUCAUGGCCAAAGCAACACAAGCGCCCAAACGCUCAACAGUUGACUACUUCGACGAGACGCUCUCGCCGCAUCAGCGCGUACACAAGAGCUGGAAGCUCUGGUCCUUCUACGUCGACCUUGUCGAAUCCGUCUCCUCACUGGACGAAACCCGGCGCGUCUACGAGCGCAUCUUCGAGCUCCGAAUCGCAACCCCCCAAACAGUCGUCAACUACGCGAACCUGCUAGAAGAAAAUGCCUACUUCGAAGACUCGUUCAAGAUCUACGAGCGCGGCCUCGACCUCUUCUCCUAUCCGGUCGCCUUCGAGCUGUGGAACCUCUACCUCACCAAAGCCGUCGCGCGCAAUCUCGGCAUCGAACGCCUGCGCGACCUCUUUGAGCAAGCUGUCGAGGGCUGCCCACCCAAAUUCGCCAAAGUCCUUUAUCUGAUGUACGGCGCGCUGGAGGAGGAGCGUGGACUCGCGCGCCACGCGAUGCGCAUAUACGAGCGCGCCACCCGUGCUGUCGCCGACGAGGACAGGCGCGAGAUGUUCGACUUCUACAUCACAAAGAGCGCGUCGAAUUUUGGUCUCACGUCGACGCGGACGAUCUACGAGCGCGCGAUCGAGGCGCUGCCGGAUGCCGAGGCCAAGGACAUGUGUCUCAAGUUUGCGGAGAUGGAGAGGAGGUUGGGUGAGAUUGAUCGCGCGAGGGCUAUCUAUGGCCAUGCAAGCCAGUAUGCGGAUCCGAGGACGGAUCCGGGCUUCUGGACGAAGUGGGAGCAGUUUGAGGUGCAGCAUGGGAAUGAGGAUACGUUUAGGGAGAUGUUGAGAAUCAAGAGGAGUGUGCAGGCGCAGUACAACACCGAUGUCAACUUCAUCGCUUCUCAAGCUCUGGCGAGAAGUCAGGCGAUGGCGGCCGACGGCACGAACGGAGACACCGCAGAUGCGCAGGAGAACGCAGACGCUAUAGCGGCGCUCGAACGGCAGGCAAGGGCGCCGCAAGGCUUCGUAGCAGCCAGCACAGGCCCAGAAGGUGGGAAUAGGCCAGAUGCAGCACCAAAAGCCGUGGCGGCUAACCCAGACGCUAUCGACGUCGAUGAUGAGGAUCUGUAG